AUGCAGCUUUUGGCGCUGUAUGCUCAUCGUAUUAUGCUGUACCCCGUCAAAACGUACAUAAGAUGGGAUGCUAAACAGGUUACUAGCGGAAGAAAUGAAGCCUCGUCUUCAAUGAAGAGUCUAGUUCAACCGAAGGUUGUUUCGGCAAUAUCGACUGCCUGCCAGCCAUCCUCGCUUCUUUUUCCUCUCCUUCUUUCCUUUCUUCCUUCUCUUCCUUAAACAAAUGAAUCACCCUACGUCAAUUUACCGAACCCAAACGACUUGAUCCCUCACAGUCGUUCUUUUAUGGACAAGGCUCCUCAGUUCGGCCCUCCUUCGGCCGAUUCUCAGAUACUUGGCGACGUUUCCACAGGUCCAUCGGGCCCAUCCAUCAUAGCAGCCCGGUCUCGACAGCCCAGCAAGCCACACCCAUUAACUAACGGAGUUGCUGGUCGUUCAGCUUUGCCUGCUUCCAGCCAGCCAGGCGCUUUGAAGACGCCUCUGGAACCGAGUAGAAGUCAUCUGGAUCCCCACACGAUGGGAGGCUCUCUAGUUUCACAACCGCCUUCAUCUUCACAGGCCCGCUUGGGUCAGCGAUCCGGCGCUCCAGGCCUUGGAAAUGGCAGCUUCCUGAUGCACCCAUCGUCCUCCCAGUCAAUGCCAAUCUACGCCAACGCGGGCGAAUUUGAUCCCGCUGGUACCGGGCUCGGCCCGGGCGGCCUGGGAUCAGCCUCCAAGGGGAUUGCACAAAUGACACCGCGGCAUCAGUACCGGCCGGAUCAGUUCCAGCCGCAAACCUAUCAGCAGCCAGGCUCGCAGGGUCAGUUAAUAGGGCAGCAGCAGCAACACCAGCACCAGCACCAGCAAUACCAGCCACAUUCUCACUCACACACACACCAACAUCAGGCCGCAAGGCAGCAUCACUCCCGAACGUCGAGUGGAAGGACUGCAGGUAAUUAUGUUCAGGCAGGACAAAUAGCUUACUACCUUUUCUUCUAG